UUGAUGGAGAAUUGUACGGAAGUGACACAGUUCAUUCUCCUAGGACUAACCAAUGCCCCAGAAAUUCAGGCCCCCCUCUUUGUGCUAUUCACUCUCAUUUAUCUCGCCACUCUGCUCGGGAACCUGGGGAUGAUGGUGUUGAUCCUGUUGGACUCUCGUCUCCACACUCCCAUGUAUUUUUUCCUCAGUAACCUGUCGCUAGUGGACUUGGGAUACUCCUCAGCUGUCACUCCCAGUGUCAUCGCUGGGCUCUUUACAGGAGACAAGGUCACCUCCUACAAUGCAUGUGCUGCUCAAAUGUUCUUUUUUGCAGCUUUUGCCACUGUAGAAAAUUACCUGUUGGCAUCAAUGGCCUAUGACCGCUAUGCAGCAGUGUGCAAACCUCUGCAUUAUACCACGACCAUGACAACAAGGGUGUGUGCUCAUCUGGCCAUAGGCUCCUACAUCUGUGGUUUCCUGAAUGCCUCCAUCCACAUUGGAGACACAUUCAGUCUCUCUUUCUAUGAGGUCAAUGUAGUCCAUCACUUUUUCUGUGAUGUUCCAGCAAUCAUGGCUCUAUCCUGCUCUGAUAAUUACAUUAGUGAAAUGAUUCUGGUUUUCAUGUCAAGCUUUAAUGUCUUCUUUGCUCUUCUGGUUAUUUUAAUCUCCUACAUGUUCAUAUUUGUCACCAUCUUAAAGAUGCACUCAGCUCAGGGAUACCAGAAGGCCUUGUCCACCUGUGCUUCUCACCUCACUACAGUCUACAUCUUCUAUGGGGCAGUCAUCUUCAUGUACUUACAGCCCAGCUCCAGUCACUCCAUGGACACAGAUAAAUUGGCAUCUGUGUUCUAUGCUAUGGUCAUCCCCAUGCUGAACCCUGUGGUCUACAGCUUGAGGAACAAAGAAGUCAAGUGUGCAUUCAAGAAGGUAGUUAAGAGGGCAAAAUUUUCUCUAUAA